AUUAUUUAUUGAAGUUCAUGUCUCAUCAUCAUUGAUUCGCUGCAAGCUAACGUGCCAAUGAUUUGUUUAGCAAAGCAACGUCGAAGGAUUAGAAUGAAAAGACUGGAUCAAAACAUGAAAAAGUAACUAAUGCUGCGUUUGGAUCGUAUUUCAAUGAGAACACGAUGGUAAAUGCCGUCACCGUAGACGGGACUUGCAGCCAGAGUUUAAAUAUCUCAACUUUUGCCGUGUGCCAUAUCAUUCUUUUCUACCGGAUGUUGUUUAGCAGUGAUUUGUUUACUGAAAUUACCAUAGCAACGCAUACCAACGUGCUGGCUUACUUUUGCGGUCACCCGCUUUCUUUUUUAAUAAAUUCAAAAAAUAAAAAAACUAUGCCGACUGGUAUGACCGUUUUUGGGUCCCUCUUCUAAGGCAGCAUAACGACCAGCCAGCCCACUUGUAAUUAUUUUUGAAUAUUCGAUGAGGGUUGUUGACGUCAACCGCCUGUAACUCAAUGGAGAGAGAUGCUAUGCGCUACGAGCCUCAUGUCAUGAACAGCCAUCUCAAGACAACUCAAAGUUCCCGGGAUGUCACGUGUCCUACUUAUAUCAGUACAAUCGUAACAACGUAAGCAUUAUAUUAUAUCAAAUAAACCUCAUGUAGCAAAUAAGACAUUCAUAGUUUUGUUUAGCAAAUUCGACACUCAUUGACCUCCAUUCUAAAAAACGAAAUACGCCACCUGCUGGAGGGAGACAGAUUUUCAGCCGAGUUGGGCCUCUUCCUCUCUGGGAAAACCAAAGUUUUGACAGGAACUACAUUCCAAAAUGGGGAAGGUACAGGUAAGCUUGAUGUGAAGCCAAGCUAGCUAACACUGCUAGCUAGCAAGCUGGAGGGUGGGGGUUUAGAUUUCCACGAUAUUGUUAUCCCAUGUACUGUGCAUGUAGCUAACUGGGAUAACCGACUCGCUCAGCGUUGGACUAAGCUCAUUGUUUACAUGUCGGCCAGGGAAGGGAUUUGAUGGUAGGCCUGCAAGCGUGGUGACCAGUUAUACAGGCAGUUCAGUAGGCCAGGAUGCCAGAGAUGACAGAGAACCAGACUCCUGGCCAUAAACCACGAAAGAAGAAAAACAAGGAAUCUCACAAUGCAGUUGAGAGACAGCGAAAAGAGAAGAUCAAUGCUGGAAUUAACCGUAUUGGGGACCUUCUACCCUGUUCCCAGGCACUGAAGCAGAGUAAGAACAUGAUCCUUGACCAGGCCUACCUUUACAUAAGUGAGCUGCAGAAACAAAAUGACGCCAUGCUUCUCGAAGGGGGAGAACGAGUACAAGUUGAGGAGAUCCGGCGGCUGCGGCGUCAGCUGGACGAGCUGCGGAGGGAGAGCGGCCAUUACAUUGAGUUGCUCAAAGCCCACGACAUCAACUUCCUGGACGACCCCACCGUCCACUGGAAGGGAAAGCUGCACUGUGCAAAGGUCGCCAAAGUAAUGCCCACUCACCAGCUCCCCAAAGGAAUUAUUGUCUACUCCAAUGGGAAUGUGAUAUGCCCAGCAGGGAAGGAACCUAGUCCAGCUUCCGAUCUGGGGAAGCAACCAGUCGAGGCUGGGAUUGUUCAGUCGUCUUGUGACAUCACAGCAGGGGUUAGGGUGAACAGGGCUCUUCAGCACGUCAGUGUCCCUUCCUCUGCCCCUCCGCUCCUCCCUAGGGCAUCCCUAGCCCAUAUAGUGUCUACACCUGGCAUCAAGCUGGUGGAACGGUGUGUAGAAGAGGUACCUUUAGCCCCCAAACUACCCCCCUCUGUGUCCUACAUCACCCUCCAGGGUAUCUGCCCUCUCCCCACGGUCACUGCAGCCUUGCCCCAGCCUGCCACCCCAGCACCUAGUCUCACUGUUGCAGCCAGUCUGGCCACCCCACUCCCGCUCCAUCCUGUCCCCAGCUUUACAGCCCUUCCCCAGGUCAUAACCACCCAGAACGCUUCCAUCAGGACUAUGAGCUAUACAACUCUCAACAGCAGCCCAACCGUCCUUGGGGCCAGUGCAGCAGGGAGCACACAGACCACCUGGACCACCUUACAGCUGGCUGGGAACACAGUGCAACCUGUCUGCCAGUCACUCCCCACCCCAGAGACUAGCACCUCUGGGCAGCAGAGUAUCCAACAGAUUGUGGGCACUAAACUAUCAGUUCAACCCAUUCAUAUUCAAAUGAGGCCACAGGUACCCAUAAAGCCCCAGGCACCCAUCACUGCCCAUAUACAAGCCCAGCCUUCCAUCCAGAGGACACCCCAGCUACGGCCAGCUAUCCUGGCCCAGCACCAGCACCAGCCCCAGCCAGUCGUGGCUUCCCAGCCACACUGUACUGUCCUCCCUCAGUCAGCCAUAAUGCCCCAGCCUGCUGUGGUAGCCCACUCAACUAUGAUGUCACAACCUCAACCUGCUGUACUACAACAGGCAACAGUCCCCUCCCAUCCACAGACUGUCCUCAUGACUCAACCCCAACCAGCUAUGGUUCCUCAGGUCCAGGCUCAAGCCCACCCCCAGGCAGCUGAUAGGCCCCUACUCCAGAACAUGCAGGUGUUGCAAAUGAACCCUACUGGGACAGCAGUUGCUGGGGUAACGACUCCCCAGAACACUAACAACCCGAGUGUUGUCAUCCUACAGCAGGCCAAUCCCUGCUCAGCCCAGUCGGUUGUCAGGGAUGACUUAACCAAUCAGACGCCUUGUCAGCACAUCGUCAUCAUCCAGGCCUCCAAUCAGCCUCCACCUGCACCUCCUCAGAACCCUCAGGUUGGCAUGGUGCCCGCGGCAGCACCCAAUCAGAUUGUCGCUACCAGCUCCACAAUUUCCACCACUGGGCAACAGAUCUUUGGGGGUAAACAGUUGGUUCACAUUCUACCCCGUCCCGUCCCUCAAACCCAGACACCCCAAGUCCCCCCGGUUCCCCCGAACCCUCAGACCAUCACUGUGAACGGGCAGGUGUUUGCCCUGCAGCCCAUGAAGACCUCUGAAAAGUCAGGCUGUAAGGGUGGCCAGAGCAGUCUCCAGCUGAUCCAGCCCAGCACCGCUGAGGAGCCCAGCACCGCUGAGGAGCCCACCACCAACAUGACUCUGCACACCCUGGGAGCCCUCAGCAGUCUCAACCAGAGCAUCUCACAGGGCAUGCAGCCGUGCAUCUCCACCCAAAGUAACGUCCAGCGGACCCUAGCCUCACCGUCCUACUCUAUAGUGCCACAGCAGAAGCCAUCUUCUGUCCCCAUUUUAGCAGCUCCACACAGUUCCCCCGUCAGGCAGAUCCAGAUCCCCAGUGUGACUCCACACAGACCAGGGCUGGCGAUGGGUACAGGGAAGGCCUUGUGGAGACAGCCUGGCACAGCCUCAGUGCCCAGACCGAAGAGGGCCACCACCAAGAGGACCAAGUUAGUGAGGAAGAAGGAGCCCAAACAGGGACGGCCUGUCACCAUCGCAGCGAAGCCAGUGGCUUUAACAGGGGACCGUCUGGAACAAGAGGUCACUGUGCCUCAGGGAACCCCAUCCUCUGUUGCUGUGACAGUUCAGCCAAAGCCACUCCCUGUCAGCGCUACAGUUAACACACCCACAGUUAGUAGUAGUGAGGCUUCAACACAGACCAGACCUGUUGUGCUUAGUAUCAACUCUACACUGUCCUCUCCUGACGGUAGUGUGACUACUAGUUCAUAUAGUGGACCAACUGUCUCCAGUGAAUGGACCACACAGAGUAAAACCUCUGUGGCAAGUGCCACUCCGUGUACAGCAGCAGUUAGUAGUAGUAGUAGUAGUAGUAGUAGUAGUAAUAGUAUUAUUAGCUCCACACAGAGUGAACUCGUUAUCACUAGUGUUGUGAGUCUAGCUACUGUCACUUCUGCAGCAGAUAAGCCUACAGUCACUUCUACUGUUUCUUCUCAGAGUAAACAACCUGUGGUCGCCGUUGGUGACAGCUCCUCUCACCUCAGACCUACAGCCAGUUCAUCUGUUUCUUCUCAGAGUAAACAACCUGUGGUCUCCGUUGGUGACAGCUCCUCUCACCUCAGACCUACAGCCAGUUCAUCUGUUUCUUCUCAGAGUAAACAACCUGUGGUCGCCGUUGGUGACAGCUCCUCUCACCUCAGACCUACAGCCAGUUCAUCUGUUUCUUCUCAGAGUAAACAACCUGUGGUCUCCGUUGGUGACAGCUCCUCUCACCUCAGACCUACAGUCACUUCUACUGUUUCUUCUCAGAGUAAACAACCUGUGGUCUCCGUUGGUGACAGCUCCUCUCACCUCAGACCUACAGCCAGUUCAUCUGUUUCUUCUCAGAGUAAACAACCUGUGGUCGCCGUUGGUGACAGCUCCUCUCACCUCAGACCUACAGCCAGUUCAUCUGUUUCUUCUCAGAGUAAACAACCUGUGGUCGCCGUUGGUGACAGCUCCUCUCACCUCAGACCUACAGCCAGUUCAUCUGUUUCUUCUCAGAGUAAACAACCUGUGGUCGCCGUUGGUGACAGCUCCUCUCACCUCAGACCUACAGCCAGUUCAUCUGUUUCUUCUCAGAGUAAACAACCUGUGGUCGCCGUUGGUGACAGCUCCUCUCACCUCAGACCUACAGUCACACAGAACAGACAGCCGGUCACUACUACUAUCAGCACUGUGCAAACUAGAUCAGCUACCACUAAUGGCAGUUCUAGACAGAGCAGAUCUAUAGUGACCGGUGCCUGUUCCACAGAGACUAGGUCUACGGGUGUGAUGUCUUCAGCAGCAUGUCAACCCUCAGUCAGCACUGUAAACUCAAUAGGAAGUAGACCAGUGGUGUCUCUCCAGUCUGCUCAGCUCACUUCGUCAUCACAGCCUACAACCCAGGGCCAGUCCCAGCCCGUAACUUCUCCUUCGGGCCCCUCCACUCCAACCCCCUGCUCCGGUGCCCUGUCUUUUGCCUCACCCUCUGUAACAGUCCCCAUGACCAUGCCAUCAGAAUACAGGAAAUGGGUCCCCUAUAACAGACCCUCGACCCAGCAAAUGACCCUGCCCACUUCCACACCAUCCCAUCCUGUUGAGCUGAAAGUGACAGCGGUGUCAGGCAGGGAGAAGGAGCCUCAGGGAGAGCGCCACCCCAGCGCAGCGAUGGAGAAAGCGAGCGUGAGGAGUGAUGCUGCUCCCUCUAGAAUGGACUACACUCUCCCACAGCAGGUGUACGCGCUAGACCACGAACCCUUGGAUCAGCCUCCGGCUCCUAACAGACAGACUGACUCGCCCAUGUCUGGUGGCGCAGGUGGUGGAAGGGGCUUCUCUGUGGCGUCUAUGCUUCCCACAGGCCACAGUGUCAGUUCCUCGCCAGGUCAUUUUGGACCGUUUACUUUUGCCACCGAGCAGGCUGAUAUCCUGGCUAUGUUGGAGCAGGACAGUCCUGGGAGGAGGUUGGAGGGCUGCACCGUAGACACCUCCACCUCAACAAACACCCCAACACCUGCAUGGGAACCCAACUCCAAGUCCCAGCAAGCCUCCAACAGCAAAGAGAGGGGUGCUGGACAACAGACAAAGCUCACCAAACAGAUGGAGACUCCAGUGGCUAAACAGGUGUCUGUUAGGGGCCAGGCUGGAGAUGUAGCAGGCAGUGGAACCUGCGCAGUCAGACAUACACAGAACAUCUCCUUCUCCCAGUCCCAUUCUCACCCCCAGAGCCAGGCCCAGUCUGGUACUUCCGGCACCCUCAGCGUCAACAACCUGAUCCGGCCCAGCUCCAGCCAGCAGCAGGCCUACCCAGGCUCCCUCAGUCUGGCUGGGCAGCUGGGCUCAGUCCCAUCCCCUGCAGGGAACUCAGCCCAUGUUUCCCAAACCUCCACCCCUGGCCUUCCUCCCUUCUCAGGCUCAGUCCAGCUGAACGAGUACGCCCCCUUGAUGAGGCCCCAGGUGGGGGUGUGUGAGCCGCGAUACAUCAAGGACUUGUCCAAGCGGCCAGCUCAGGACGAUGUGAUACUGUCCAGCAGUAACAAGCGACAGAAGACCUGCUCGUCGGCCUCUAACGUGGGCCGCAUGGAGGUCAAACCCCUGGACCACAGCCAGAUGAUGGUACCCCAGCUACCCCCUACCUCCUCAUCCAUCAUGACCAGGAUCAACCCUGAUGGAGUGGGUACCCUGUUCUCGGGCAACACCUUCAAGAAUACAAUGCUCCGACCCGCCGAGAGCCACUGCACCCCCCAGCUGCCCACACAGGAACACAACCAACCAGGUGUGCUCCACCUGCCCCAUGGCCACCCCCAGCAUGGUGCACCCCAGCCAGGCCAACACCUCGGGGGGAACCCCUACCUGAAGCAGCAGCAGCAACAGGAGCACCAGAGGCACCACCUGUACCAGCUCCAGCACCACCUGACCCAGCCUGACCCUGCACAGCUCCACAGCCUCCACCAGAGGGCGCUGCAGCAGGUCCAGAAGAAGCGGGGGCUGGUUGGAGGGGGUCAGAAACAACACCACCAGGAGAAGGGAGGAGUUCAGCAGCACCAGCAUCAACAGUCACAACAAUCACAUCAACAACAACCUCAAACACACCAGCAGCAACAGUCACAACAAUCACAUCAACAACAACCUCAAACACACCAGCAGCAACAGUCACAACAAUCACAUCAACAACAACCUCAAACACACCAGCAGCAACAGUCACAACAAUCACAUCAACAACAACCUCAAACACACCAGCAGCAACAGUUGCAGCAACAGUCACAACAACAGCACCAACAGCAAACACAACAACAGCACCAACCACAAGCCCUGUCACAGCAGCAACAUCUACAACAACACCCUCAACAGCAGCACCAGCAGCAGAGCUCCCACUCCAGACACCAGCACCUCCAGCAGCAACAGAUCCAGCAGCAACACUUUGGGUCGCAUCACCAGGAGAAGAGCUGUGAGGCCCAGCCAGGACCAGCAGGACCCAGAGGUCACCACAGCAGCCACCUGGCCCCGGAACACCUCAAGUCUGAUCAGGACCACAGCAAAAUGCAGAGGCUGAUGAGCUCUAGAAACCUGGAGCAGCACCUGACCUCCCAGCCCAGCAACCUGGCCUCCCAGCCCUCCGACCUGGGCUGUGCCCCCCCGCGCCAGGAUCACCACCGGGUCUCCAGCUACUCUGCAGAGGCCCUCAUUGGGAAGGGCUCGUCUAGUGAUGAGCAGCAGCGCAUGGUGCUCCAUCGACAGGCCACCCGCGGUACUACACAGGAACAGCCAAACCUACGGGGAUACCUGGACACACCCAGAGUGAAGGGCAACGUCACACACAACCCUCAGAGCCGCCUGCCCCCAGACCACCCAGGUUCUGCAGACGUCCAGAGGGUCUCUGAGUGUCCUCCGUUUAAAACAGGGGGGCAUCAGCUGGGGGGCUUUGAGGACAUGACACCUAAAUCAGGUCCCUCCUCUCAGAGAGGCCAGCAGGGGGGUUUCAGGAUGAACCCGGGGCCUCCAGGGGAUGGGCGAACCCGUGGGGGGUACAGUGGACCCCAUCCUGGGACGCAGGGGGUGCAGAUUGGUGCUCCAGGUCUUACCCGGGACCAGGAAGGAUGUCAUCAGAGUUUUAUGCAGAGUCUCCUGGAGCAGACCGACCACCAGAGGGCAGUCCAGUGCUGUCCUCCGGUCAGUAUGGAGUACAGCUGUGUGUCUGGCAACUUGGCAGGGGACAUGCAGGCUAAAGCAUCCAGCCACAGUGUUCCUCCCCCUCAGAAGGCCCUAGCUAUGAGGCUUGGGGAGGGCAACAAGGGCCACAUUCCUCAUGGUAGUGGGAACAUGGGCACCCACCCAGGGGUACGGACAGGCCUCCCCCACCCUCUUACCCCCCACAGCAGCUCUGAGCCAGGCCGCACCACAGCCUCCUCCAAACCGCCCACCGCAGUCAGCCAGCGCUCCCGCCAAAUCACCCAGGAGGCCCAGAGCGUGAAGCUGAGGCCUGGAGAGCGACCACGGUCAGGCAGCCUGAGACCUGGGAACCCCUUUGAGCCUGACGUCCACCUGCUGGGUCGACCACAGUCAGGGAGUGAGGCGCGGCGCAGCAGUAUCGUCCGCUUUAUGGCAGACAGUGCCCAGGUCACCGGGGACAACAACCUGGUGCCUGACCAACACCUGGCCCAGAACUUUGGCUUCUCCUUCAUGCCGGAUGGAGGAAUGAACCUCCCUCCUAUCAACGCCAACUCUACUUUCGUCCCCCCUGUUAGCCAGACCAACUCCUCCCGCCCCUCGGCCCUGCUCCCCGUAGAGCCGCAGAACACCUUACCCUCCUUCUACCCCUCCUACCCCCCUGCCGCCCACCCCAGCCUGGCCAGCGACAUCCCCAUCCAGUACUUCUCCAACCAGAUGUUCACCAGCCCCAGCGCCGACAAGAGCAGUUCUGCCCCCCUCAACAACCGCUUCGGCUCUAUCCUGUCUCCGCCGCGCUCCGUGGGGUUCGCCCAGGCCAGCUUCCCCCUACUCUCAGACAUGCCCCCUAUGUCCAUCAGCAACCCCUCUGGCAUCACCCCACACCUGUCCAACUUCAGCCUCACUUCGCUGUUCCCUGAGAUCGCCACGGCGAUGCAGCCUGAUGGUUCUGCCAUGCCAAUGUCCCCUUUGCUGUCCCUCUCCAACAAUUCCUCUGCAGACUCAGGCAAGCAGCCCAACCGCCUCGCCCACAACAUCAGCCAUAUCCUGGGGCAUGAUGGGAGCUCUGCCGUGUAGGUGAGGGGACUUAAGGUGUUGUCGUGCCAACGUGGCAGUCAGGAAUGUUCUGAUUCCAUUUCAGAUUGAACAUUUAGAGUUGUAUUACGUGGAGUCAUGCCAUGGCCAAUUGAAUUGACAGGAUUUCAACUCUUCUGUUUGGAUUCAAGCGGGUGGAAGGUCUGGGGAUCUUUUCUGUUGGUCAGCUGAAUGGUUUUUAUCAUAUUAUUUAUGGUUAGUGUUAUACUUUAACUUCCUGGCAGUUCUAUUGAUACCCUAACAUGGCAGCGGAUGCCCUAGUUACUGAAGUCAUAGCAUUUCACUGAUCAGGCACUCCUAUGACUCUAGGAUGGGGGAAAUUAAGCUUGUAAACCAUAUGGUUUGCAAAUAGGUUUGACGUGAUGACUUACCUGCUAGUAAAAUUAUAUGGAGAGUUUUGUACUUUCAUUGACUAACUUCUAAAAGAGGAUCCAUUUGGAAAACGUGCACAAAAUUCUCAAAGUUAAAUUUAACUUAAAAUCAGGGUGUAUAGUACAGAAUUUAUGAGAUGUUUUGUAAAUACGUUUCUUAUGAUAAUUGUUAGUUUGAUAUGUGUGUAUCUGUAAAUAAAUAAAGUUGAUUAUUAACGUUU